GAGGAACCACGGAAUGGGGCUGACCUGCAGCAAGAGGAUGUGGUGGCUGUUGUGUCCAUGGGGAACAAGGAGCCUCUCCUCCUUCUGUGCCCUGUCUCUGCCCCCAAAGCCCUGAACAAAGGCCCUUUUCUGCCCAGCUCGGGCACAGACCUGUGGCAUUAAGGGGCAGCAGGAACACAGGCAGCAGUGCUCAGAUAUCAGCAAGGGGGGGAUGAGAGGGAAGGAGGGGUGCACACCCAAUAUAGACCCUCCAGGGCUGCCCAGCUCCCACCAGCUCCUGGAAAGUCAUGUCCUCAGCCCCUGGGACAGCCUUCCAGCUCUGGUUCAAGCACACUUUCCCCUUUAAGAUGUGGGAUCUCCGUGCCAGGGUCUGACCUCGGCAUCCUCAGCUGAGCUGGAUUAACGGGGCAGAGGGAAGGGGCCCGUUGAGGGAAGCAGGGCCUCCCAGGGCUCCCCACACACGGCCAUAGGGCUCUGUGGGGCUGAGCAAAUGCGGGCACAGCCAGCACCGUAUGCAAUGGGAACAUCCAGAGAGCAGUGGGUGGAAGGACAUGCGGCCAUGCUGGGGAGCACAGAGCUCUGGGGGGGCUUUUAGAUGCUCUGUACCAGGAAUGCUGCUACCAUGAAGGACUUCACUGAAAUCACUCUUUGCCCUGAGGCUCUGGAGCGCAGUGAGGUAGGGCUGGGGCAGGGGUGCCACCUGAUGGGUCUCCAUAAUGCAGUCCCCACAGUGUUGUGCAUCAUUGCUUUCAUGCAGACUGAGUUCUGCAACCCCGUCUUUGAGGGAGAGGAGCCCCUGGCAGUGCCUCCAGCUGAGCAGCCACUGGAUGAGGACGGGGUGGGAGCCACGUCACCCCAGGAUGCCUUCGGUACCUGCAUGGGGUUUGUGCAUGCGCCCGUGUCCAUGGGGCCACCAGGAGCUCACCCAUGGGGGUGUGGGGAUGUAUGGGGAACUGCUGGCACCCUGGGGACAAAGAGCUGGGCUCAGGGGGUGGCACAGGGCUGGGGAUAUGGCAGCACCCCGCUCUGCCCACUCUCCUCACCCUCCCCAGGCCGGCAGCUCUGGGUGCAGGCAGGCUGGCAGUACCGAGCUGACUGCAGGUUCACCUGGCUCUGCGUGGCUCUGAUGAGUGCCGUUCUCCUCUUCCUCAUCUCCCUCCUGCUGGGCAUCAUCAUCCACCAGCUGACAUCCCCACCACCACCCCACUCCCCGGCUGCAGCCCUGCCUGCCCGCAGCUCUGCCACCACCACUGUGACACCCACCCAGAGAGACCCCCAGGACUCCAAACCCUCCACCCCAACCCAUGGCCAUCCACCUGCAGCCAGCACUCCAGCACUAGUGUGUGGUGGGACCCUGUAUGGCCCCGAGGGCUCCUUCAGCUCCCCCAACCACCCUGGUCCAUACCCACCCCAUGCUCUCUGCAUAUGGCACAUCGAGGUGGCAGCUGGCAUGGCCAUCCAGCUGACCAUGGAUGCAUUCAGUGUGGAGGGCACUGCCUCCUGCCUCUUCGACCGACUGGAGCUCUAUGAGGAGCAGGGAGCCCGGGGGGGCACUGCCAGGUUCUGUGGCAGCGUGGUCCCCCCAACCUUUAACAGCAUCUCCAACCACCUGCGUGUCACCUUUGUCUCUGAUGGCAGUGUGGGGGCACCAGGCUUCAAUGCUCGGUACCGGGCUGUGGCCCCCAGUGAGAAGAGCUGUGCAUGGGAUGAGCACUUUUGUGACCAGGGGCUCUGCAUCCACCUGGGCUUUGUCUGCGAUGGGUUCCAUGACUGUGAGGAUCGGAGCGAUGAGGCCAACUGCAGCGUGAAGCACAAAGAGUGUGGGGGGCCGCUAACAGCCCUGGAGGGGCACUUCUCCACCCCGAGCCACCCCCAGCCAUAUCCACACCAGCAGCUGUGCCUCUGGCAGAUCUCUGUGCCCCUGGGCCACGUCAUAGACCUGCACUUCCACAACUUCAGCCUGGAGUCACACGAGGAUUGCAGCUUUGACUUCGUGGAGGUUCACGACAGUGCAGGCACUGGAGCUGCCAGCCUCAUGGGCAGGUUCUGUGGCCACCAGCUGCCACCCACCCUGACCUCGUCGCGCCAUGUCAUGACAGUUCUCUUUGUGGCAGAUGAAGGAGUAGCAGACACUGGGUUCUUUGCCACCUAUGAAGCCCGCAAUGCCACAGAGAAGACCUGCAGCCCCACAGAGUUCUCCUGUGGCAAUGGCGAGUGCCGGGCACUGGAGUCUGUGUGUGAUGGCUGGCACGACUGCCCUGAUGGCACCGACGAGCUGAACUGCACCGGGGUCUCCUACCCUGCAUUUGGCUCCAUCUGUGAGCCUGUGGAGGUGGAGAUGUGCCUGGGGCUGGGCUACAAUGCCACCUCCUUCCCCAACAUCUGGCUGGCCAUCCCGGACCAGGCAGGAGCCGCCGAGGUGCUGCAGGACUAUCAGACUCUGAUGGAGCUUGCAUGCUACCAGCACCUCCGCCUGCUCAUCUGCAGCCUCUUUGUGCCCAAGUGCACUCCGGAUGGGGGUGUCCUGCAGCCCUGCCGUGCUGUCUGCCUGGCUGCUGAGCUGCGCUGCCAGCACUCCCUGGGUCUCCUUGGCAUCCUCUGGCCCAUCAACUGCAACAUCCUGCCUGAUUCCAAUGACCCCGUAGAGUGCUUCCAGCCCUGAGAUGGCGAGGAAAGAGGAGUAGGAGCUGCAGAAGAGCCCAGUGCUGCCCCAAACCUCCAUUCUACUUCAGAUAUAACAUGUCCUGCACUGAGGCCUUCCAGUUUGCUCUGUGCUCAGCUCAGUGCCCAGAUGCCACGGGCUCUUUGCAGGACUGAUUUCCCAUAGAGAUACUCUGAGCCCUCAGCAGCAGAGCUGUUAAUGCUCCGUGAAUGGAGCAGGGCUGGACCAGGCUGCAGGUUGUCCCCCAGUCCCAGAACCAGCAGAAUAAAGAGCAUGAGCAGCUGAUGAAGUGAUGGAGCAGGAGAUGUGUUUGGGGACGGUCUGUAUACGGGUCCCACCAGAUUAUUACUGGGGAAAUGGAGGCAUGGGCUAAGAGA